AUGGACCAGACCAUUCAGUUUCCGCUUGGUAUUGAUCGUCAAGAUGUGGUGGGACUCGGUAUUACAGCAUUGGUUGCUCGUCUUGACGCCGUCAUAAAGUUUGGCCGGCCUUCAGAGCUACCAUUGCGAGAGAGAGAAAUGCGCAUCUACGAACGCCUGGGAAACGAUCAUAGGGUUCUCCGAUAUUAUGGGAACUUGGGGGACGCUCUUAUCCUACAAUAUGCCUGCCAUGGCUCUAUAAGGCAAUACUAUACGACCCAAACCCAGCCCGUGUCGCUUUUACUACAACUUCGCUGGGUUGAACAGAUCACGGCCUCAGUCGCUUCUAUUCAUUCCAAAAAUGUAUUACACGGAGAUAUUUCGUGUAAUAAGGUUUUGCUUGACGAGAGCCUUGAUGCAAAGCUCGGCGACUUUGCUGGGUCUUCGAUGGAUGGUCAAGACCCUCUCAUUUGCUAUGAGACUAGUCACGAACAUCCUGAAAUUGUAGACAUUUCGGCCGCAAGUGAGCUCUUUGCACUUGGUUCUACGUUUUAUGAGAUUAUGGCAGGUGCCAAACCAUAUAAAGAGUUGUCAGAUAUGGAGGUUGUCCGCGCAUACAAACAAGGGAAUUAUCCUAGUCUAGUUACUUUGGUUGCGUUUAACGAUAUCAUUCAUAAGUGCUGGACUCAAGGAUACGCAAGUGUGGAUGAGUUAUUAGAGGAUGUGAAGGUUGAAGUUACUACCAAGUCCAAACUGAUCGUGCUAAUCCAACCAUUUUCACUCCGUCAUACUACCGCAUUACCAAUAGCUAUUACUCUUAUAUCCCUGCUUCCUGUCCUGUUCUGGGCAAGAAAUCGAUGCUGA